AUGGCACCUAUGACUGUAUAUGAAUGGCGCUGCUGCCUCUCUGAUACUCUUUUAAAUAGCACUAACGAUAUUUCUGCUAACCUGCACGACUCGGCGGUUGCUUAUGAGAUAUAUCGCUUCAACCGUAUCCAUGACCUUGAACGGACACUUGAGAUGCGCAAGACUGAACUGGAGGAGAUUCUUGAGCGUGUCAAUUCAGAUCAUCAAAAGAAGCUUGAGUUAGAUGAACUCUUCGCAAGUUUGGAUGCGGAGGAUUCGCAAAUGAAACCAAAUGCUGCCGAUGGGCAGAAUACAAAACUGGAAGGUCUUGAGGAGCACUUAGUACACAAGAGGCUACAGAUUGGGGGGGAUGCCGUCAGUAACCGGAAUUAUCUGUAUGAAUGGCUCGGAAUAGCAGCGGCUGAUAAGGAAGGUCUGGAAGGUUUGAAAAUAGAUGGACUGGGUUUGGGGGAUGUGGAGAUAGCACGUGUAAGAGGCACCGAGGAAGGUGCUGUGAAUGGCUUGGAGAAUUUGGAAAACGAGUGA